UAGGAUGUAUUACCUUAGGUUAAGCUGUAUUUAGCUCCUUUUGGUUAGGUUAGGGUGAGCUAGGUUAGGUUGAGCUAGGCUUCGGCUUGAUGUCCAUAGGGAAUGGAAAGGAUGGGGGAGGUGUAAUGGGGUUUAGUUAGGUAUCAAAAUCAGUGAGCGAAUCAUCCUGUGUACGAUGUGACUUAUAUCCCUUGUUAAUUACAAAAAAAAAACAGCCACAAGAAACUAAAUACUGUAUACUGUGUUCAAUAGAUGUCCCAAAUGGCUGUUACAUACGAAAACAACAACAACCCGGAAGCCAUACAAUGGGAUAAAUAGUUUAGUUUAGUUCAUUUAUUAUGCACCCCAUACCCAUCUUGUGGGCGGUAGUGGAAAGGGUUACAGAGGCACAUAAUGGGUUCAGGGACUGAACCCCACAAUUCAUUUAGCUAAGCAAGUUACAAUCUUGAUGAGCUAGUUACAAAAUUCAAUAUAAAUCGUCACAUCAACAAUGGGAUAGCGUAGAGGGGAAGGCGCCCCCCUCCCCGCCCCCCACACCAACAUUCCAGGCCGGGCCGCCUGUGGUCAACUGUCCCGCGGGUGGACGUUCUCUCUCCUCAACAUAUUAACCAUUAAACACCGCUUUUCUUCAUGAUCUGAAUAUAUAUACGUGUAAUAUGGCUUCAGAUAAGCGUGUAUUCAGUCUAGAAGGUCCUCAUGGCCCAGGGGGUGUGUUCUUCACAUGGCAGAAGGCUUCAGGAGGAUAUUUGGCUUCUACCGGUUACAACCAGGUUGUCAACAUCUAUGACCGCCAUGGUGUUCUUCGCGAGCAGAUGCACUUGCCAGGUGUGUGCUCAGGAUUUGGAUGGGACAAAGAUGGGGCACUCUUAUCAAUCAUCAAUGAUAGAUCUCCUCUUGUCCAUGUCUGGGAUGCUAACUCAGGACGAGUACAGCAUCUGGACUCUGGGCUCCGCGACACGUUAACAUUUUUAGCAUGGUCACGUACAGCUCCUCUUUUGGCUGUAGGCACUGCCAAGGGCAACCUUAUGAUCUACAACCAUCAAACAUCAAGACGCAUUCCUGUAGUGGGCAAACAUAGCCGAAAAAUUCAGAGUGGCUGUUGGUCCUCUGGGAAUCUCUUAGCCCUAGGAGGAGAAGACAAAAUUCUUACCAUCAGCAGCAGUGAAGGGGAUACACUUCGUACCACGCCUCUGCGGGGUGAACCUUCUGAUAUACAGUUUUCAGAAAUGAAGCAGGAUGAGAGAGCUAUGGCUGAAAAUACGGUGAGCCUUGUUGUUGCCAAGAAAACUCUCUUCCUAUACAAUCUUAAUGAUCCUGAAAAUCCCAUUGAGCUGGCUUUUCAGAGCCGAUAUGGCAACAUUGUCUCCUAUAAGUGGUAUGGUGAUGGCUAUAUCUUGUUAGGCUUCUCUGCUGGUUACUUUGUAGUUAUCUCCACUCAUAUGAAGGAGAUAGGACAAGAAUUAUUUCAAGCUAAAAAUCACAGAGAUGUUCUCAAUGAUAUUGCCAUAUCCACCACUCUCAGCAAAGCAGCAUCUUGUGGAGACAAUGUCAUCAAGAUACAUGAACUCUCAGACUUGAAGGAGACAUAUGCUAUUAUAACUCUGGAUGACGAACGAGGACUGGAGUGGUUGGAAUGGUCAGAUGAUGGCCAGUUGCUCGCUGUGGCCACACCCUCAGGAAACAUUCACGUGUACCUGACCAAACUGCCCAUCCUGGGAGGUGCUCAUGGCUCAAGAGUUGCCUACCUUACAUCGCUACUAGAAGUGACAGUAACUAAUAUUAUAGAAAAGGAGCAUCCAUUGACUGUAAGUGUGGAUGUUGAGCCAAAUUUCUUGGGUGUGGGUCCAUUUCAUCUGGUGGUGGGGAUGAACAAUCGGGCUUGGAUAUACACCCUUGGAGAGGAUUCUGCAAUGCUGCUUAGAGAUCGCGAGUAUUUAGGGACCAUCACAUCUGUUAGAGUGAAUGCUGACUAUGCUUCAGUCUUGUAUGAGGGCAAGAUACAGUUUCAUUUGUUAGAGGGGGAGACAGGAGAGGAUGAAGAGAGAGAGUCAAGACUGUUCCCUAGUCCAGACCAAGCAGACAUGAACAUCACAGACCAUGCCGUCACUGCAGACUUCCUCAUAUACUCUACUGAUACUGGUGGGUUGUAUUUCUUCUUUAUCGAAGACUGGCAGACAGUGAGUGAUUAUCGGCAUACAAAUGGUGUCAACAAUAUCUAUGCUGAGCCAUCUGGUCGCCGUCUGGUAUUUGUUGAUUCUAAAGGCGAAGGUUAUGUAUACAAUCCGGUGAAUGAUGAUGUCUUGGAGAUUCCCGAGUUCCCAGGCUCGUGCAAAGGCUGUCUUUGGGAGAAUUCUCCAAGUGAUCGACAUGUGUUUGCGCUGUUUGAUGAGAAACAACUCUACACCUACAUUUUUCAUCAGGAGCAUAUUAAAGGUCACCAUGUUGAACUUAUCGGCACUACAAAGAUUCCACCCAGCCAGGUACCACUCCUUCUUUAUAAUGGAGAGAUAACCCUUCAAACUGCCUCUGGUAAAACUGCUCCACUUAUUCUUUCCUCCCAUGAAAUGGAAGCCAACAUUCAUGACUACUCACAUGAACAACGAAGAUUAGCACUAAAAAAAUGUAUAGCUCUCAGAAGGUUCAAAGAUGCCAGUGCUAUCUGUCAAGUACUUAAUAGUAAGCAGGAUUGGGAAUUCCUGGGAAAAGCUUGUAUGUGGUGUAUGAACCUUGAAUUAGGUAUGCGUGUGUACCGUCAGCUGGGAGAUGUGGGAAUGGUGUGGUCUUUACAAAACUUAGUAGAUCAUGAGGAUCCGCUGCUGCUUGGUGGCCACUUGGCAAUGUACCUCAGUGAUUUCAAUUUGGCUCAGGACUUGUACCUGAGAUCUAGUAUGCCAGUUGCUGCUCUAGAAAUGCGACGAGAUUUGCUACACUGGGACCAGGCACUUCACCUUGCUAAGAAGUUGGCUCCUGACCAGAUACCUUACAUAUCAAGGGAAUAUGCUCAGCAACUGGAAUUCACAGGAGACUACCCUGGUGCCCUUACCCACUAUGAACGAGGAGUGGUCAACACUGGAGGGUCUGAGGAACAUAAUGCAGCAUGUAAAGCUGGUAUUGCUCGUACAGCCAUUCGCUGUGGUGACAUCAGGCGAGGUGUUAACAUAGCUGCAGAGAUGAACAACCGCAUGCUCAAAAGGGAAUGUGCAGAGAUAUUAGAGAACAAAAAGCAAUAUGCAGAGGCUGCUGUGCUGUAUGAGAGUGGCAACUUCCAUGAGAAAGCUGCAGCUCUCUACAUUCGCCUUAAGAACUGGAAUAAAGUUGGACAGCUCUUAGUUAAUAUAAAUUCUCCAAAAAUGCAUCUUCAGUAUGCAAAGGCUAAGGAAGCUGAUGGUCAGUAUCGAGAGGCAGCUACUUACUACGAGUCGGCAAGAGACUAUGAAUCUGUGAUACGUCUUCUUUUACAUAACCUCCAUUCCCCAGAAGAGGCUGUCAGGAUUGUUCGUGAAACCAAAAGUGUAGAAGGAGCAAAAAUGGUUGCCAAGUUCUUCCAGAAGUUAAAUGACUACAAUUCAGCUAUUCAGUUCCUUGUUCUCUCCAAAUGUAUGGAUGAGGCAUUUCAACUGGCACGAACACAUGGAAAAAUGGAAUUGUACGCUGAAAUUCUUGGUUCUGAUGCUACUCCAGAAGACUAUAAAAGUGUUGCAUUGCACUUUGAAAAUGAGCGAAAUCACUUCCUUUCUGGAAAAUUCUAUUACUUAGCUGGUAUUUAUCCUAAAGCAGUCAAACAUUUAAUACGAGCUUCACAAGGCUCAGGGGCUGAGGAUUUGGAGAGCAUACAGUUGGCAAUUGAUGUUGUUGCAGCAGCAAAUGAUGACGGUCUGACUCGGCAGCUAAUUGACUUCUUGAUGGGUGAACUUGAUGGCAUUCCAAAAGAUGCUAAGUAUCUGUUCCGGCUUUACAUGGCCAAAAGUCAGUAUCGUGAGGCAGCCAAAACUGCCAUUAUUAUUGCAAGGGAGGAACAGAAUGCAGGCAACUAUCGUCAUGCUCAUGAUAUGCUUUUGGGUAUGUAUGGGGAACUGCAGCAUCAGAAGUUGAAAAUUCCAGCAGACAUGAGUUCAUCUCUCUUGCUGCUUCAUUCCUAUACAUUAGCCAGAUUGCAUGUGAAACGUGGCGACCACCUUAAAGCUGCAAGGAUGCUUAUCAGAGUUGCUCAGAACAUAUCAAAGUUUCCAGCACACAUGGUGCCCAUCUUAACAUCCACUGUGAUUGAAUGCCAACGUUCUGGACUUAAAAAUUCUUCCUUUAACUUUGCUGCUACGUUAAUGCGUCCAGAAACACGUAAUCAAAUUGAUGAAAAGUACAAGAAAAAAAUUGAAGCCAUUGUUCGUAAGCCACAGAAGACCGAAGACGAGGAGCCUACAUCCCCCUGUCCAUUUUGUGCAUCGCCAGUUGCGGAAACCACUUUAGAAUGUGGCCAGUGUCAAAAUUCACUACCAUAUUGCAUUGCAACUGGUCGGCACAUUCUCCCUGAUGACGUUACCGUGUGUUCAUCAUGCAAGUUUCCAGCCAUUAGAUCUGAGUUAAUAAAGAUUGCUGAGGAUGGUGAGGAUUGUCCCAUGUGCAGCACAGCUUUGGAAGUUGAUAAACUUUCCGUCAUUACAAACUGGAAAGCUAUCGUACUAAAUCCAGAUGCACAAGAAUAAAUACAGUACAAUAUUCCCUCUUGCAAAGCAACAAUAGUGAUUGAACAGUGGAUCAUGUAUGACUUGCCACAUUGUUGCUAAGGAAAUUAGUGUAAUUACCUACCACACUUGGACCAUUGAGGCUCCUAAUUGUUACCUAAUUAAUUAAAGUGUUAUGUUAUAUGGAUGCUAGUCACUAUGUAUCAGGGUUUACAGUAAGUUUAAUACCAGUAUUGCUACACAUUUGUUCUCUUUUGUACCACUAUGUACUUUUCACGUUUGAAACUUAUGUUUAACAAUAAUACUAAUAUUAAAGCUAGUAUUAGUAUUUAAUACUAAUAUUAAAGCUAGUAUAAUAUUAAUGUUAAAUCGGCAAGUAAUAUUUAACAUUACAGUAUUGUAUUAGUACUGUAUUAGGUAUAUUCUGUAGGAAGGAUGGAUUACCUACAAUUUUGCAUAUAUUUUUUUUACAAAUUUCCUUGUUUUUAGACUACAGCUGAAGAAUACCUCUUCAUAUUUACAUGAACCAGGGCUGGACUCAGGACCAGGCAGACUGGACAGUUGUCUAAGAGUCUCUAUAAUACAAUUUUGAUGAAAGCCUCUAAUAAACUGCUGUGAAACAUUUUAUGAAUUGCAGUAUUAACAAGGCAUAUAUAUUCUGAACUAAACUUAUUAUUAGUAUUAUAAACAAUACAAGUGUGUGUGUUGCUGUGAAUCCAAAUUAUAGUAGGUAGGGAGGAGUAAGAUCUAUUGUGAUAGUAUUACUAGUCAAUCACAGUAUAUUUUCUGGAGGAGCCCCAUUAGAGGCUUUCUGAAGCUAUCAUGCUAAGAUUGCUCCUUGCUACUAGGUCACAUCUGUAAUGGGAAUUCAGUUUGGCUUACCAGGGACCAGAGCCAUAACCUGACCCCUUCACAGAGGUCCAGAGAGGAAGUGACAUUCCAUCACUCCACCAAGAAAGCAUCCAGAAACUCGGCAAAGCUUUACAGACAGUGGCAAGGUUCAUAGGAACUGAAGCCUUGAAAACUGCCAAACAACUCCCCCAAACAAUUGAAAUGAAACAAUUGAACUAGCUCGAACCUGUUAAUACCAACAUCUGCCAUUGGGGGGGGGGGGGGUUCAGAGCCCCUGGCCUUCCCCAACUCGCCCAAGUCAGUUCUGUUGCCGACAUGAUGUUAACACCACUAUUGUACUACUCCUGGGUCACCUUGUGUUGUGGUGGAUUUCCCUGCUUCUAAGCUAUGUGCUGGCCAUCCUCUGGACCUCAUUCUGUAGGGAAAACAUUUGCUUGAGUAUCAUUCCUUUUUAGCAUUUGCUUUAUAUGCGUGUUUUAUUUUUGGUUUCUUGUGUAGACUUUGCUUGUUUUGCACUUUGAGCAGUAUGCAUUCAGGGUAGUUUUCCCUGGAGACUCACUAGUAAUGCCCCUGUAGUAACAGUGUUACAUCUCUGGUGUGUUUUGAAGUUUUCCCUUUUGAGGCCAUACUACCGGGGUGGAGUGCCUUACCUUGGGUAAUUCAAGGGUCUUUGGAGUUUCAUGUCUGUGUUUGUUUCCUGGCAUCAGUGCUGUUCCUUCAUGGAUGUAGUAUGGUGUAAGAGUUUCCAGCUGUGUGCCAUACCCUGAGGUGGAUUUCAGCUUUCUACAGGUCCUGUGCUCUGGCUUCUUUCUGACUACUCCCUGGUGGUUCAUUGUCUAAACCAAAAGCUUUGGUCUUCCUUCUUUGCAGCUGGACCCUACAUGUAGUCUGGCUCCUUGAUGGCAGGCUCCUCCUUAGUUUCUGGCAUUUCUUGCUCGUAGAUUGGCCUUGCAACAUACAUUGUCUGUUCAACCUUCUGCUUGGCUCUUUACAUCUGAGGAUUCUGAUGUUUCUCCCGCGUUUAUAUGGAGAGCAGGUGUCUGGGUGGUUGGUGUCCUAUCUGUGUCUGUCCAAACAGCACCCAGAAAAGGCAGGCAAAGUUCAGGCUCCCACACAACCACUCAAUCAAUCGGCAAGUGACCUGAGACCAAUCUAACACCAGACAGCAAUGAAACUGCAGGUGGAGCAAAGCUGCCGGAGGCAGGGAAAGAGACACUAACUUAAGAGUUUAAAAUGAGACCCAGCAAAAUCCAAACCUGUGAUGACACCAACUGGGAUUUCUGCCAGUUCACCAGGAACCCAAACCCAGCAAGCUGGAAAACAACCAGAUUUCUGGCCAUUAGACAUGUGGACCAGCUGAAAGCCCACACCAGCCAGUCGUCGAGGUAAGCCAACAUACAAACUCUUAACAAAUGCAGCUGGGCCACAACAACCUACACUAGUCUGGUAAAUACAUGGAAGCCAGGUUCAAGCUGAAGGAAAGACCUUUGAAUUGAUAAGCAUGACACCCUAUGACUAAGCCUUUACAGUCCCUGAACCCUGAAUGAAUAGGGAAAGGUUAUUACGCAUCCCCAAGGUCCAAGGACAGUCCAUCCCCUGCCUGUAAUAGCAGGCAAACCUGGGCCAAAUUGGUCAUGCAGAAAGUCUGGCAGUGGAUGUCCGACUUUCAUCAUGACCAUUUGGAUCAUCAUGAGCAAUUCACAUCCAAGAGAUCAAGUAUGUACCAGAGGUCCGCAGAAUCUCACUUUGGGACCAGGAACAACCAGGACACCUACUGAAGGGAUAAGUUAUCUGUAGACACAAUCAAUGCUCCUUUCUGUCAAGUUAGGGGGACUAAUCAUCCUAUAGAUUUGUCUUCUAAAAUGAACUUUACUGUCUCUACUCUUCAGACACCAUCUUGUUGAAUCAGCUCUGAUACAUAUGUCCAACAUUAACCUUAGUUGCGGUUGACUCUUCCUUUUCACAGUACAUACUUAAAUGCUCCAACCUUCUUAACAAACGUGAUCUGGCUAAGCUUUGUCCCUAUGAGGCUCUCAUUUCUCUCUCUCGUUCAUUACUAGAUUUUUUCUCUUUACCAUUAGGCAUCUUGCAGUUUUCUUUUCUUUCAUUUUUACUUUUCUAUUUUUCUAACUUUUUCUAAUUGCUGUUUUCUUCCCUCACUUCUAACCUUUCCUUUACUUUACCCAAUUCUCUUUAUUCUUACCUUUUCUCCUAUUCAUUCUUUUCAUAUUAUUCCUACCUUUCAUCCUAAUUUUUCCUUCAUCUUAUUCUUACCUUUCAUUCAUCCACUAUCUUCCCUCAUAUUAUCUCUUCCACUUUUUUCCCAUUACACAGCUUGAUAAUGGUCCAAGAUGAAUCAAAAUGUCAUUGUUUCUUCAUUUUUGAUUUGUUGUUUGGAUCUCAUAUGUACUUGAGUCAUUAAUUGAAAAUUCACAUUUGUGUUCUUGUUAUAACAAAUAUAAACUUGUAAAUACAUGCCUUCUAUAGAUAUUAUAAACAUAAAACAAUUUUCAGCCAUGUUGACUUCUAAUGUCAGUUUUAAUUUUGUUCUAUAUUUUUAUUAAGGCUUGUUUAUUUUUAAUCAACCAAGUACUGUACAGUACUGUAUUUCUAAAAUGCGUGUGUGAAGCUGCAUCACAGUUGAUAUACAGGUGUAUGUAUACAAUGGGCUACUGUGUGAGUGAAUAUACAAAAUAAAUUUUUAGCCUUCAGCCCAUUUGUUAGAAUUUUAAGAACUAAUUAUGUUUUAUAUUUUUGUAUAGAUGAAGUGUUACUUUUUCUUGAAUAUUAUAAGGAUGGUCUUAAAAAUUACUUCAUAUAUUAUGAUGCAAAUGUCCUGUAAUAUUAUAAAAAAUUGCAUAAAUGUU